AUGCCAAAGAGAAAGAAAUAUCUUAUUGGUAGAGAACAACGUGAAAGAGAUAAAGUCAGAAAGAGGCAGGCGAGAAAGAAAGCUGCAACUCAUGAUGUGUCACCAGAUGAGGAUGUGGCAGAGUCUCCUGUUCCUCGCGGGACAGUGGAUGGAGCUGUCUCAGCUCCUCCCGGUAAUUUUCCGGGGUUUGGUUCGAUGGGGUUUCCACCUAAAGAGGAAAAACCCCUGGCCAGGGUGCAGGCCUCGCCUCGAGUGAGAAUGCAUUCACCUGCCCCGAGGUUGUCACCUCCUCGGGGAAGUCGUCUGUUUGUCCGUAACGAGGACAAGGCACCGUCCCCUGACUCCCCACCGUGGGUUUGUGCUCCACCGAGGGCACCUGGAUCGGACAUAGGGCAUAUGUCUGGUCUAGCAGGUCAGGCGCAGCUGGAUACCUCCAGGGAGGAGGAGACCAGUAGGAUAUCAAAAGAUGAGGGCACUUUAACGAAUACUAAAAAGGAAACUGAACGAAUUACAAAAGGAAAUUUGAAAGAAUACAAUAUGGAAUCUGAAAUGAAAACAAAUAGAAAUGAGAACGAAAACAAUGAGAAACAUAGUAAUUCAGAGAAUGAUUGUAAAGAGAAGAAUUUAAGACGUGAAGAUCAGUAUUGGCAAAGAGCACCAAAUGAAGGUAUCCAUGAAAUCUACUUUUCUGUGCAAGGUUCAUUUCAUCAAGCCCAUCCUAUGUUUGAAGAGAAUGCUGGGACACAGUGUGUUGCAAAUUGUUUAGCAGGAUUGGCCUAUCACAAACUAAAGAAUGCAAAGAGCUGGACAACAAUGGAUAUGGACAGAAUUUUAAUGACAGGUGAUGAAUUGUACACAUAUUUACAAAGAUGUUCAUCAAUCAGUGAUAGGUAUUUGCUUGUAGAGGAAUUACCACAAUUUUUUGAAUGCUUUAAUCGAUCAUACCAAUUUCAUGCAAAGGAGUCAUUUGCAAGUGUUAUUUUGGCAGAUAAUGGAGUAAACUAUGCAGAAUUUAAUGCAUUACCACUUGAUGAUGCACUCCAGGUUGCUCUUACAGACAAUGAUGGCUGUUUUGUGUGCUUUGGUGGAAAUACUAUGCUUAUAGGAUCAACAGAAAGUGGUUUCUUUGCUUUUGACUCCCAUUCUAGAUCUGCUGAUGGAAUGUUAAAUGUGUCGGGAAAGAGCACUCGAGUUUUACUUCAAAAUGUGAAUGAAGUGUAUUCACAUCUUCAAAGUCUUGCUCUUUCAAUGGGUUAUUCAAAGAGUGUUGAAUGUAAUGUGUGUGGUGUAACAUGCAGAAUGAAUUUUAUUGCAAAUGACAGCGAGUUGCUUGAGGAGGAAGAAAAUAUUGGUAAAAUAUCCCAAAGGCAAGAGUUAUCAGUGGAAACUACUGUUGAAACUAGCAAUACAAAUGAUGACUUGAUUUUCAUUAGUCAUGAGCAGGUACAAUUUAGUUUUUGCCCACUGACUAUGAUCUUGAAAAAACACCUUUGUCAUAUUUUGAAAAUUCCGUAUAUUUGCACAGAAAAUUCUGAUAACAUCCAAUGUACAAGAACUAAUAUCAGAGAACCGAGGUGUGAAAAGAACAUCUUAGGAGAUGGAAACUGCUUCUUCAGAGCUGUUUCAUUCAGUUUAACGAACUCUGAGGAUUUCCACAGUGCAAUGCGAAAUGCAGUCUGUGAGCAUAUGAUGAGGAACAGAGAGUUAUUUAAGCCAUUUUUAAAAGAUGGUGUUGAUACUGUAGAAAAUCACCUUUCUACAACUCAGAUGUUGCAAGAAGGUACAUGGGCUACUGAGGUUGAAAUAUUUGCAACAGCACAUUUACUGAACACUGACAUUUACACAUUCUCAGGAGGAUGUUGGUUAAGGUUUUUAGUUGCUGAAGUGGAACCAAGUACACAAAGUAGAACUGGAGCAAUUUACUUGAAUCAUUACCAGCAGAAUCAUUACAAUGUUGUACUAUCUGUGUAUGGAGAGAAUUCAGAUUUGACACCAAAGCAACAGGAUAAAAUUCCUGAAGAGUAUGAAAAGCGAUACCGAAAUCGAACACGUAUGCAGGAAAAGAGGCACACUACAACAGAAAUGCAAGAAAAAUUAAGUGCCGCAGAGAGACGGAAAGAUUCUUUAAGGAAGAAAUAUUUGCAAGAUGCAGAAUACAGAGAGAAGAAGCUGAAAGCAUCAUCAGAAAGAUAUGCAACAAAUGAUGUUCAUAGGGAAGAUGUCAGAAGGAGAAGUAUUGACAAGUAUUCAAUAGAUGAUGAUCAUAGGGAAGAUGUCAAAAGGAGAAGUAUGGACAAGUAUUCAAUAGAUGAUGAUCAUAGGGAAGAUGUCAAGCGGAGAAGUAUUGACAAAUAUGCAACUGAUGAUGAUCAUAGGGAAAAUGUCAAGAAGAGAAGUAUUAAUAAGUAUGCAACAGAUGAACAACACAGAAAGGAUGUUAAAAUGAGAAGCAUUCAAAAAUAUAAGUUGAAUGAUGAACACAGGGAAGAUGUAAAAGCCAAAAGCAAACUGAAGUACAAAACAGAUGAAGAUCAUAGAUGUCUAGUUAAUACUGCAACAACAAAGAAAUACAGAGAAAAUGAGAAUUUCCGUGAAGCAAAGCUCAGCACUGCUGCCGAAAAAUACAAAAGUGAUGAAUCUUUCAGGUCAAAAAUUAAGACUGCCAGUAGAAAUCAAUACGACUCAAGUGCAGCAUCUAAAGCACAGAAGAAGGAGAGGGUAAAAAGUCAGAGAGUUGCUCAAAGGGCUAAACUGGAAGAUCAAGAAGAGGUUGUGAGAGUUUUUAAGGAAAAGGCUGAGCAGGGCAUUGAUUAUUCAUGUUGUUGCUGUGAUCGACUCUUGUUUCAAAAUCAAGUUCAAAGGUGUGACCGAGAAACAUAUGCCAAGAAUGAGCAGACAGUAAAUAUUGCCGACUUGUGUAUUCAGGAAAAGUAUUGCCACCAGUGCACGGAAUCAUGUCCAGAAAACUGCAUUAAGUCAAAACUAUGGAUUUGUUAUACCUGUCAUAGAAAAAUCAUAAGUGGAAAUUUUCCAGCAGAGGCAGCAGCUAACAAAAUGGCCCUUGAAGAUAUUCCAAAGGAAUUGAAAGAAUUAAACAGCCUUGAAAAACACUUGAUUGCAAUGCACAUACCUUUCAUGAAAGUUAUGGCUCUUCCACAUGGUGGUCAGAAGAAUAUCCAUGGGCCAGUUGUAUGUGUACCCUCAGAUCUGAAGAAGGUUACAAGUUUACCAUUGAAAUCCGGAGAAGAUUUUCUACUUAGAGUGAAACUGAAGAGAAGAUUGAGUUAUAAAGGUUACAGUGAGUACCAGUUUGUCGACCCAAAGCACAUAUUUGAGGCAUUAAAAUUUUUGAAACUGAACAAUCAGUGGUACGAAGAUGUAGCUAUAGACACAAACUGGAAAGGACACUUGGAAUGUAGCCAAGAAAUAUCUGAACAAGGUGAUGAUAUCUCAGAAAGUGGUGAUCAGCAGCAUGUUGUGGCAGAUACUUGUUUACAACCCGUAGAUAUUGCUCAGGAAGUUCUUGAUCAUUACUUUGAUGAUAUCUAUGAUAUUGCCCCAGGAGAAGGAAAUAAUCCUGUAAGAAUGUUGCAGGAGGAGGGGAAUGAGGCUAAAACGUUUCCAUACCUUUUUCCUAGUGGACGUUUCUCAUGGAAUGAUGAUAGAGAAACACGAAUAACACUGUCAAGAUACUUUAACAACCGUCUUAUGAAUACUGACGACAGAUUUGCAAAAGACAGUAAUUACAUUUUCUUCAGUCAGUUUAUGUCUGAUUUAAAUCAGGUUAUAGAGAAGACACAGAUAUCAAUAAGGAAAUCAGUCAGAAGAAUGGGCAGUGAUCAAUUAGUGACAGCAAAUAUGGUACAGAACCCUGAAAUACUUUCAAAAUUGAUGAAAAAUGACGAGGCUUUACGAUUUAUGCAACCUAUACGUGGAACUCCAGCAUAUUGGUCAGCUGCACAAAAAGAUCUGUUUGCUAUGCUUCGUCAGUUAGGGAUACCUACUUGGUUUUGCUCAUUCUCUGCUGCAGAACAUAGAUGGAAUGAUGCAGUUGCAACAAUAUUGAGACAACAGAAUGAUACAAGAGACCCUUGUAUUUUGGACUGGUCUGAAAAGAAUGAGGUUUUAAGAAGCAAUCCUGUCACAGUUGCUAGAAUGUUUGAACAUAGAUUUCAUGUUUUCCAGACAGAAGUGAUUUUUUCACCAUCAGAACCAAUUGGAAAAGUAUCAGAUUUCUUCCAAAGAGUCGAAUUUCAGCAAAGGGGUUCUCCUCACAUGCAUUGCUUAUAUUGGAUAGAAAAUGCGCCUAAACUUCAGGAAGAUGGAGAGGAUGCUGUAUGCAGUUUCAUAAACAAAUACGUAAGCUGUGCAGUACCUUCUGAGGAGGAAGAUUUAGAGCUAAGGGAAAUAGUUUUGGCUGUACAGCAACACAGCAAAAAACAUUCAAAGUCAUGCAGAAAGAAGGGUACAGAUUGUAGGUUUAAUUUUCCUAGGCCACCCUCUGUAUGUACGUUCAUUAAUUCUCAACUCGAGGAAGAGAACAUGGACAAUACUGAAGAUACAACUGGUUUGAAACAGGAACGCUCGAUUUCUAAAGAAAUUUUAUUGCAAGUUUGGAAUGAAGUGCAAGAUGAAUCGAACGAAUUGAAGACUACGGAAGAGAUUUUCAAGCAGCUGGGUUUGACACAGGCACAGUAUGAGGAAGCUCACAAAAGACUUACAAAGAAAAGAUCAGUUGUUCUUCAAAGAAACCCAAGGGAAAUCUGGACUAAUCAGUACAAUCCGUGCCUUUUAAAAUGCUGGGAUGCUAAUAUGGAUAUUCAGUUUGUUUUGGAUCCAUUUAGUUGCAUUGUCUACAUAAUCUCGUACAUUUCAAAAUCUGAGAGGGAAAUGGGAAUGGUUUUGAAACAAACAAAAAUAGAGGCAGAAGAAGGGAAUGAAAAUGCACGCACAAUCUUGAAGAAAAUUGGGUCAACCUAUUUGAAUCAUAGGGAAGUGAGCGCACAGGAAGCUGUUUAUCGGGUAUGUAACCUUAAAAUGAAGGAAUGCUCGAGGAAAGUAGUGUUUGUACCCGUAGGUGAAAAUCCUACUCGACUGACAAAACCAUUGUCUCAACUUAAAAGAAAUCGGAGGAAGGAGAACGAUGAGAAUGAUAACGAUGAUGAAGAUGAAGAUGAUAUUUGGAUGACAAAUGUAGUAGAGAGGUACGAAAGUCGACCAAAUAAACCAUUGUUUCAAAAUAUGUGUUUGGCAGAAUUUUGCUCUGAAUUCAGAAUACUUGCAAAAUCACAGGUCCCAAAGACUCCAAAUGAAAAUGUAUUUGAACUGCAAAAUUCGAAGGGAUUCAUCCAGAGAAGAACACGUGCAAAGCCAGCUGUUAUAAGAUAUCCAAGAUUUGAUGUAGAGAAAAUGUCAGAGAAACAUUACCAAUGUCUGCUACAGCUGUUCUUACCUUACUGGACAGAUAUUCAACUGAAACCUCCGGGAUUUGAUCUUUAUGAAACAUUUUAUGACAAUGGAAAUGUACGAAUCAGGGGAAAGCAAAGGUUGCAAUCAGUCAAAUCAAUUGUGGACACAAACCGCAUGCGUUAUGCUCAGAAUGAAUACAUCAUUGCAGAGGCAGAAGAAAGUUUCGAAAAGCUUGGAGAGCCAGAAGAUGCUUGGGCAAACCUUUGUCCAGAGACGGAAUUAUUGAGACAGGAAUGUGCUGCCCUUAGAAAUGAAAGUUUAGAUUUAAAUCCUUCAGAAGACCUACCAGACAUGCAAACAGACGGAAAUUCUGAUGUUCUUUACAAGGUCCAACAGAAUACAAAGUCAACAGAAGAGAUGCAACAGAUCCUUCAAAAUUUAAAUGAGACUCAAAAGAGGGUUUUUUACUUAGUGCGGGAAUGGUGUUUGAGAAGGAACUUUGGAGAAAAUCCUGAAGCAUUACACAUUUUCAUAACUGGAGGCGCAGGAACAGGCAAGAGUCAUCUAAUUAAAGCCAUACAUUACGAGGCAUCGCGAAUUCUAGGAAAAUCGUUGGCAUCUCCUGACAGUAUAUCAGUACUACUUGCCGCAUUUACUGGAACAGCUGCGUUUAACAUUGGAGGAAGCACUCUCCACCAUUUAUUUUCACUGCCGAAAUAUAUGCCUUUGCCAUAUGAGCCACUAAAAGAGCAAAGUCUAAGUGAAAUGAGAGUUCAACUCGGAGAUCUGCAAAUUCUUGUUAUUGACGAAAUUUCGAUGGUGUAUAAAAGAUUAUUAUACUAUGUUCACGAAAGACUUGUACAGAUUAAAAAAUGCAAGGAGCCAUUUGGAGGAGUGUCAGUGAUUGCAGUGGGAGAUUUCUACCAGCUUCCUCCUGUUAAACAGCGCAAAGAUGAAAGACUGUAUAAAGACAAUGCUCUUUAUCCUGUUGAUUAUUGGGUAGACUUCUUCAAGGUAGUGGAGUUAACUGAAAUUAUGAGACAACGUGAGGAUAUCCCAUUUGCAACAGCACUGAAUUCACUCCGGACUAGAGUAGUAAAACAAGCAUUGGAAGAUGAAACGGCUUCAAUUUUAAACGAUUGUGUAAGAGAAGGAGCAGAUGAUGUUCUCCAUGUCUAUGCAACAAAUGAGGAGGUCAAUGACUAUAACUUGUCAAUGCUCAGAAAAACCUGUGAAGACAUGAUUGAGAUUGAUGCUCAAGACUUUACAAAAGACCGAGCAACUGGCAAACUAAUACUGAGAGGAAAGCCAAUGGCUAGGGGGCGGACAGAUAAUCUUUCUAGCAGCCUGUUAUUGGGGGUCAGUGCUAGAGUUAUGCUUACAAGAAACUGCAAUGUGGAUGACGGCCUGGUAAAUGGCGUUAUGGGACAUGUAGCUCAGUUUCUGUAUAGUCAGAAGUAUGGUUCAAAUAUUGUUGUUGCAGUAGGAGUAAUAUUUGAUAAUGCAAGUGUUGGGAAGAAGUCCGGGAAAAGAACAAAAAAUGGAAACGUUGUUUUGAUCGAAAGAGUACAAGAAGAAAUACUAGAACAGAAAACAAAGAAUGUUGUACGACAUCAAUUUCCUUUAAGAUUGUCGUGGGCAUGUACAUCUCACAAAGUACAAGGAAUGACAGUAAGCAAAGUUGUAGUAAAUUUAGAUCGGACAUUUUCUCCGGGACAAGGCUAUGUUGCAUUGAGCAGAGUUUCCACAAAAGAAGGAUUAUUCAUUGAAACAAACGAUGUUGAUUCGUUACAAAAGAAGAUAUACGCUGACCCAGAAGUCAAAGCAGCUGCGCAAGAAAUGCCGAAAUUAACACUACCAAACUUUGAUAUCUGGGAACAAGGCAUUGUAAUUUUUCUUCACAACAUACAAAGUCUCAAUAAACAUUUCGUAGAUCUGCAAAAGGAUAUUCGGAAUAGGAAAGCAGAUAUCAUAUGCCUUACAGAGACUUGGUUGAGACCUGGACAGAAUGUCAGCGUAUUCGAGUUAAAUGGUUUCAUCUUUCAUCAAGUAGCUAGAGGAGAUGCUUAUGAUGACAGCAAUGCUCAGGUUCAACAGUUGCGGUCAUCGAAAGGUGGAGGUGUUGCCGUUUACACUAAGGAGACCGGCUUAGAAAAACAUGUCCAUUUCCUUCCUUUCAAGAAUGUUGAGGGCGUCUGUGUGAAAUAUGUGUCAGAAGAUAUAGUUGUUCUAAAUGUUUAUCGCCCAAACUCUUUGGAUGUAAAUCAAUUCUUAUUACAACUUGAAAAGGUGAUAGCAUAUUACAGAUUACAGAAAACGUUUUUUGUUUGCCUUGGAGACUUCAAUGAAGAUGCAAGAACUGUUGGGGCUAUUCAGACUUUCAUGAGUAAUCAAGGUUUCAAACAAUUGGUUGAUUUUAAUACAACAGAGGGGGCAACUGUCCUUGACCAUGUGUAUGUGUCGACAAAUUUAAAGGCAAACGUGGAAAAGAUACCGACAUACUACAGUUACCACGAUGCAAUUAUGGUAUCCAUCAUAACAAACACAUAA